AUGCCAGUUAAAUACAACGGGUUGCUGGACCAAGAUGGGAUCGAAGAAAUCAAACUUUCACCAUCGAUCUGGAAGCCAGUUCGAACGGCCAAAUGGGGCCUCGACGUUGUACGCCCGGAAUUUCUCUCCUUACGGCCGACCUCCAAAAGCAAGCCGAUUAGGCCAACAGCGUGGCUGGAUGGCCUAAGAGGCUUUGCUGCACUCCUGGUCUAUCUACAGCACCACCAGCUCUGGGCUCACGGGGAACGUGGUAACUCUGUCUUCGAACACGCCUACGGCUAUGAUGGAAAGCAUUAUUUCGCAACCUUUCCAUUCGUACGCAUCUUCUUCUCUGGCGGCCACUUUGCUGUUGCUGUCUUCUUCGUCAUAUCCGGUUAUGUGCUCUCUCUCAAGAGCCUACGCAUGAUCCAGGACGGCCAUGCUGUCAGUGCUGCAGACAGUAUCGGUUCUGCUCUCUUCCGCCGUUGGCUACGACUUUUCCUGCCCGUCAUUGCGGUCACUCUCGCAUUCAUGUCUAUCCGUCAAUGGAGUGGAUUGUGGGUUGAUCUGCAGCCAAUGGAAGAGACGUACUGGAAAGAACUCAUCAGAUGGUACCGCAUGUUCAAAAACUACAGCUUUGUCUUUUCCACCGAGAUCUAUGACUUUGCUAUACAGUUCCAUGCGCAUGUCUGGUCGAUCCCUAUUGAAUUCAAAGGAUCCAUCAUCAUCUAUACCGCACUUUCCGCAUUCUCCAGGUGCACAAAGAAUGCCCGGCUCUGCUGCGAGGCCGCUUUGAUAUUCUACUUUCUCUACAUUGUAGACGGCUACUACGGCGCAAUGUUCAUGUCUGGAAUGUUGCUUUGCGACCUCGAUUUGCUUGCACAGCAGGAUAAACUUCCGCGAUUAUUUUCCGCUCUGGCGAAUUUCAAGGAGUUUAUCUUCUUCCAUAUGUUCGUCUUUGCUCUCUACCUCAGUGGCGUGCCCUCCUUUGACGCGCCUGACGCAGAUCGCGCUCUUAUCCUCACCAAGUCGCCGGGAUGGGUCUGGUUAUCGCAUCUCAAGCCUCAGGCCGUAUUUGAUGCAAAAUGGUUCUAUCUCUUCUGGGCGGCAUUCUUCGCGGUCGCAUCAGUGCCCCGCUUGCCAUGGCUCAAGCAAUUUUUCGAGACGCGCUUCUGUCAAUAUCUUGGACGCGUAUCUUUUGCGCUGUACUUGGUACAUGGGAUUGUUAUCUGGACCGUCGCCGACCGACUAUACGCCUUGGUGGGCCUUGCGAGAUCGGCUCAUGCCGAAGGAAUACCGGAGUGGGUCAACAAAUUUCCCUUACCUAUCAGUGGCCCACUGGGGCUGGAACUGGCUUUUUGGUUGCUCCAGCCCAUUCUUCUAUCUAUCACACUGUAUUUUGCAGAAGUUGUGACAAGGUUGGUCGACGAGCCAAGUGUCAAGUUUACCAAUUGGCUUUACAAAAAGACGCUUUCUCAACAGACGAAGCCGGGGCACCAGCGUAGCCAGUCAAUACGAUGA